UCAAGAAUCCAAAAUACACGCAAACGUUAUACGAAUUUGUUGAGGUUAUGCUAUUUUGUUAAUAUGCUAUUUAUUUAUUCAAUUCAAUUGAUGAAAACCCUGAACUGAAAUAUUCUGAGGUAUCUCGCACGUCUUGGUUUGGAAAAUUCUAUAUUAUAUUCAACGAGUCCAAGCGUUACUUCUCAAAAUUGCCGAUUAUGCCUUGAUUGACCAAGAGUGAUGUAGCUAACUUUUCCAUGACAACCAUAUUUGGGCCGAUGAAAACGCUCAUGGAGCUGUCGAAUUUAAACAUCAAGUUUUCGCUAAAUGUUUGGACUGGAAUUGUUGGAAAUUACUUAAUUGGACCCCUAUUCCUGCCAGAAAGGCUAAAUGACCAUAAUUACCGCCUAUUUUUAGAAGAUGAUUUGCCAAUGUUGCUUGAAGAACUAUCAUAUUUAAUUAGGAUCACUGCCAGCUCACUUCAAUGAUGCAAUAAGAGAUUUUUAAUUAAUAACCGAAGAGUAGGUCGCGGCGGACCUCGACCGUGGCCCCCUAGGUUCUCAGAUUUAAAUAGUUUGGACUUUUUCUUAUGGGAGCGUCUUAAAUGUCUGGAAACACCGGAGGAUUACUUCUGAGAGUGAGUUUUUUUUAAAGCGAGAACAGUAUAUCGGAUUGAAAAAAAUCAAGAAAUUAUUUUUGUUUUAAGCGAAAUCAAUAGACAGGUGAAAUUCCGUACGCCCGUCACUGGUGUAUUUUUGAAAACUUGCGAUACUCUAAAUAAUGCCUCUUGAUACGUAGUACAUAUGUGGCGAAUUUCAUUAAAAUAUCUUUACUGGUAUUACAAAUAUUAAAAGAACAUAUAAAGGCCAAAAAAAAUAAUAAAAAGCUUAAGACCCCCUUGCCCCACCCUCCCAUAUAUCUAAAAUUUUAAAAUCAAGCGAUGAAUAAUUAUUUUGAACUAUUUACAUUUUUAUUUAAAAAACCAAAAGAAAAUAUGCCUAUUUGAAGCGACAAUUUCGUUUUUUCCGUGGUAAUAGGUAAAUUGUCCGCCCCCACCCCCGUGUCCCUUUGGCCCGUGAUUUCGCAACGUCCCGUCUACACACUAACUCUCCCCUCCACCCCGGGAUCAAUCGGCCUCGCGACGCCGGCGUCCCGACGUCAGCAGCUCGGGCGGGAUCGGGCGGCUCCGCUGCCGCCGCCGCUGCUGCAAUGACGACGUCGACGUCGUCGUCGUCGUCGUCGUCUCGACGCGUCGGUCCGAUCGAAGAGCCCCCGAAAUUUGUUGAUUCUUUUCGUCGUUUAUAUGAGAAGAAACCGCGAGCCGCCGCCGCAUACCAAGGUUGUGAAUAAAUAAAUAAAUAAUAAAAAAAAACGACCAGCGUGGUGUAAAAACAGUAUAACAUAAUAAAUAGUAUAUAAUUGACAGUGCGCGGGUUUUUACAGUUCAUUUCGGGAGUUUUUAAAAUCGAGUAAGGGCACAGAAAACCCCCCUCGGAACCAAACGACCACCACCCCCCACCCCCAAAAACAAAAACGUAUUUUGCUUAGGGAAUUGUGAGGUUAUAGCGUAACAGUUGAACCGUUGCCAAAAACGGCGGCCGAAAGUCGACGUCGACGUAGAGACCCCCCAAACUCCCCCCAACCCCCCGAUACUGCGACCGAAAUGCGGCAACCGCAUCCGUUACGUCACUUAAUUUUUGUUCCCUCGGACGUUUUGGAACGCGCGAAAUUUAAAAAUGCCGACGCCGACGAUGUCAGAUUUCUUAAUUCUACGUCACACUUGGUGAUUUUGGUAUUUUAAACGCGGUGCCGUAUUUAUUUUUCCGCAACGAAUUGUGAAAGCGUAUGCCCGAAAGGUGUUGCCGGAGUUGUAAACUUCGUCACAAAAUCUGACAACGUUGCCGUUGGUGUUUUUGAAUUCCACAGGUACAUGAAAAAAAAUUUUUUGCGAAGUGUUUGAGCCCGAGUAUAUAUUUCAUUUAUAGCAUUUUUAUAUGUACAGGGUGUUGCGUUGUACCAGGACGGUAAUCAACUUAAAUGGAAUAUUACGAAUAUUUUUUAUAAUUCCAAUUGUUCCCUUAAUUUUGAGUCUUUUUUGUCAUUACAUAAAAUUACGAAAUUUUUAACGCCCUGUAUUUGACACUUUUAUUGGGUUUGGGAUUUAAUUCUGUAUCAUUUCAUAUAAUUUUAUUACAAAAAUUGUUAGUUUAGAAGUUUUCUGCAACAACUCGUGUAUUUUACUUCAAAUCUCCGCUAAGCGCUUUCCGAAAACAUAUACAGGGUGAUUUAUAAAUGAAUGUCAAUAAUUAGGAGUCCAUUUUAAAAAGAAAUGAAAUUUAGCACACGUGUACUAUAUUUCAAAAGGCAUUAUUUAGUGUACCAAAUAAACCAGUAGGCUCGAAAGGAAUUUCACCUGUCUAUUUUGAUGAUUUCCCUUAAAAUAAAAUUUAUUCUUACAAUCUGCAAUCAUUUCCAAAGAAAUUUAAUUUCUUGAUUUUUUUCAAUCCCAUGUACGGCUGUCGCUUAAAAAAUAAAAGCCUCUUCUCUGCAAGGUGCUGACAAUAUCGUUAAUAUGACAACAUGCAGAGAAGUUAGUUUUUAUUUUUAAAUGAACGAACUAAACAAAAAACCAGAAAUCAAAUAAAUUGAUGCAAAUGCCAUUAUCCUUAAUAUCUACCUAAAAAAAUAUAUAUCUAGUUCUUAAUUACCAAAUAAUGUCCUUCAGAAAAAAAAAAUAGGAGUUUUUUUUACUUUUACAGGUUUCACGAUUCUGAUUAAAAAAAACACACACUCACACAAAAACAAAAUUAAUUGUUAAUAAAUUAAUAAUAACCUUUUGGAAAAAACGUAGAACAUACAAACCAGAUAAGUUGAAGUUGAAAAAUACCUCCAGUGUUUAUUAUUAAACCGCAGAACGCUCUUAUGCGAUAUUUCAGCUCCUCUACAGUGUUAACUGUAGACUUUUAAGAUACCCCCAUAAGAAAGAGUCCAAACUAUUUAAAUCUGGGGGUCUAGAAGGGCAUGGUUUUUAGCAAUAUUAGCAAAUCCUGUUUUUUAAAAAUCGCCGAUAAUUAUGGCCAAUGAAAUGAUGAAAUAAAAUAAUUUCCAAAGUUUCAAACAUUUACCGUGAACUCUUCUCGGCUUAAAUAUGAUUAUUGUGGAAAUUUUUGACUGCACUUCUCGAAAAGUUAGCUUCCUCUGUGAACACUAUUUCUUGGUUAAACAAGAGAAAAUGCUCAAUUGACUUGAAACAACUAUCAAAAAACCGCUUUGAUAAUGAUAAGAAAUAAUUACGAUUUUUUUUUAAACCUGUGCUUAUUUAAAAAUUGCUGAACCGUAGAUUUUGGAAGGCCAAGACAUCCUCACUUUUUCUACAAGAAUUUGUUAUUAUUAUUAUUAGAAACAAUAAAUUAAAACAAAAGUUGCACUUUAACAACCAAAAUUCAAAACAAAACAAAACAAAAAACAUAUAAGUUUUCCACCGGGAUUCUAAAAGCUUAUUGCCCGGAUUUUCAGUUUUUUUUUUUAAAAUUGCAAUUUUCCAUGGCUCAAUUUAUUAAAAAAUAUUGCGCGUACAAAAAUAAAACAAAUAUUCUUUUUCAAACAACCUGCGCUUUUAAUUAUCGUGCGACAUUUUUAUUGAUCGACGAUUUUUUUUCUCGUAUUUUUUAAAAAGUUCACCAUAUUAACCUUGCAUUAAAUUUGACAACUUUUGCAGGUGUCAAAUUUGAAGAUUUUCUUUUGAAAACGACUUUUCUCAAUCAAACUUUUCCAUAUUUUUGGAAAAUAGCAUAAACUAAGAUUUUUUCUAAAAUUUUGAACGCUUAAAAUCCUGAUCAAAAUAUCCCCUAUAAUCGCUCAUUUUUGCACAUUAUUGUCACACACUGCCAAUUUCCCGGAAAAAAACUAACCGUAACGUCCCAUACGAAAGUUCCGUCGUUCUCAUUGACUUUCGUUCGUGGGGUUACGAAAUACAAACAUGGCGGCCACACCACGAGCAAAAUACUUUUUUGACAGUAGUGGUCAAAUAUAACCGAUAUAUAUAUCCAUAAUUUAGAUAUUACCCGAUACGUCUGCCUUAGAAAUCUAAUAAAAAAUCGAAAAAGUAGUGCCUAUAUAUACAAAAGCGAAAUUUUCCCUCAAAAUCGUCAGUACCCCUUCCCCGAUCCGCCCCUUUAGAUGCUGCUCCGCUUUCGAUCAUGUCUCAAUUAGCGUUGUGUAAUUAUUCGGCCAACGAUAACAAUAACAACAGUGAUAAUGUUAACGAGGAGUCCAAUCAGCCGCCUACGAUCUAUAGAUGCAGAGCGCCGAUCGCUAGCCUAGACUGCAUGGAAGAGUUCAGCGCCGGCAGCGCCCUCAGUGCCUUGGCGGAGAAAUCGGGAGACGGCGCGUUCACCAAGGAGCAGCUGCUGCUCGGUGGGAUCACGCAUUCCGCCCCCGUCGUCGCCGCCCCAACGCAAAUCGCCCGUCAAACCAACGUCACGCCCGGCCUGAGAUACCGCAACCUCGGUAAAAGCGGCCUCCGGGUCUCCAACAUCGGUUUAGGCACUUGGCCGACGUUCAGUCCGAGCAUCACCGAAGAACAAGCGGAACAAGUGAUCGUGCUCGCCGUGGAGAGCGGCAUCAACGUGUUCGAUUUGUCGGAGGCCCAUUCAGGCACCAGGGCCGAGGUAGAGCUGGGCAGGAUACUGGCGCGCAGAGGCUGGAAGAGGACCAGCUUCAUUGUCACCACCAAGAUUUAUUGGAGUACCAGAUCGGAAGAACGCGGACUCUCUCGGAAACACAUCAUCGAAAGCGUCAAGGCCAGCCUUCUCCGCCUUCAGCUCUCCUACAUAGACGUCGUCAUAGUACACAAGGCGGAUCCAAUGUGUCCGAUGGAAGAGGUGGUGCGAGCGAUGAACUACGUCAUAACGCAAGGGUGGGCGAUGUACUGGGGCACCGCGCGUUGGUCGCCGGUCGAAAUAAUGGAGGCCUACACCAACUGUCGCCAGUUCAACUGCAUCACGCCGAUCGUCGAGCAAUCGGAAUACCAUCUGUUUUGUCGGGAGAAGGCGGAACUUUACAUGCCCGAACUGUACAACAAAAUUGGCGUCGGUUUGAUGGCCUGGUCCCCGAUAUCGAUGGGCCUCUCCCAAGGGAAAGAGGACUGCGUGGCCUUGUUCUCGCGCGCCAGCUUCCGCAAUAAGUACAGCUCGUUCUCGUGGACCGAGGACGAGACCGCCGCCGCCAACAAAGACGGCUGUGGUUGGAUGAAGGAACGUAUCCAGGCGGACGACGGACGUCGUCAUUCGGAACGCGUACGCGAACUGAACGCCCUGGCCGAGCGUCUCGGUUGUUCGCUAACCCAGCUGACGGUCGCCUGGUGCCUGAAGAACGAGUCGGUGCAGUGCCUGCUGCUAGGCGCCAGCACAGUCGACCAAUUGUACGAGAACAUCCAGUCGUUGCAGCUCGUCCCGAAGCUGAACACAAACGCGGUGGCGGACAUCGAGAGGAUACUGGAGAACAAACCGUCCAGGCCGCCGAUGGUGUCCACCCUGGCGCUUAGAUGACAAUCAAUGUGCCCCCCUGGGUCCAUCAGCGGCCAGGGCGGCACCAACAACGCGGACAGCCCCAAGGGCGACGACCUCAGCACCACCGACACCGACACCAACAAGGACGGCCAGAAGAUGCCGUUCUGCGAGAUCCAGUGACAAAAGGUUAACGAGUUUGUCAAAACUCGUAAAAGCAAAACCCCUGACGAGAAACCGUUCAAAGAGAAGGUGCGCUGGUCGUACAGCCCCGACGAAGGGCCCAAGUGCACCACAGAGACGUUCGUCUGCAAACGCAAGGACAAAAAAACGGUCAGCCCGGUGAAGGUAUGAAGGCCGGCGUUCAGGAGGCUCGACCAAGAAGAGGUUCUCAUUUAAAAUUUUUAAAAAAUCGCUGUGAAUUUUGAAUCAAACCGAACCCAUUCAACUCCGGUGACGGAGGAGGAUGAUGGGAUGGGAGGGGGGAGUAGUUUUUCUGCUUCUUCUUUUCUCAGUGGACCAUACAUUAUUUCAUAAUAUACAGGGUCUUCCAUUAAAAAAAAAUGCACUUUUCAUAAUUUUUGUAUAAUGUAGAACUCAUUUGGAUAUUGAGAAAUUCUGUUCGAUACCUUCCCAAACUACGUCCGAAAUUUAACCCUCUACCGGCUUCACGGUAAUUUAAGUGAAGAAAAUAAUCAUUUCCUCGAAGUAACGGCAACAUCGCGAGCUUAAAAAUAUUUCAGAACGAUAGAGGUGUGGAAAUAAUCGAAUUAUCAAAUCCAUAAGGGAAUAAAUGUGCUCAAAAAAAAUAUAAACCAAAAUGAAAUUGGUAAAAAAGGCAGUGGCGCACAUUUUGCACUUCAUAAUCUAAUUGUGUGUGAUUGGUGGACUUUUCUGGUACGAUUAUGUUUUUUAAAGUAGUUUUCCCAGGAUCUGUUGCGUCAGUGAGAGGGUAGGGUACGCUUAACAUUUUAAAUUGCUCAAUGAAGUGAAAACUAAAAUUUGGCCACUAAAAUUAUGUCUAUUUUUAAAAUUAUUUCCGUUUUUUUCAACACAAAUCUACAUCUACGUUGCUAUAUAAAAUAAGAAAGUUGCGUUCAUUUAUGAGGAACUGGAGAAGUGUGGGAGAAAUCCGAUUACGCCACUGCAUUUGCUUUUAAAAAAAAAACCAAAAGGGCCGAAGAUGGAAAAAAGCCCUUGACAUGUCUAGUGCUGUACAUCGUGGGCCGUUUUAUUUUUUUUAUCCACUAUACGAUCUGGAAAGCCAUGUACAAAAGUUCCUUGAACUCUCCUGACAGGGUGUCCCAAAAGUAUCUUUCCGACACAAACAUUUUUGAAAUCUUUGGUUAAAAUAAUAAUGCCAGAAGUAAACAACUUGUCCCUGAAAACUUGCGGGAGAACAUUAUAUGUCAGCAAGAUAGCGCGCCCUAUCAUUGUGGUCAUCAAGUGAUAAUUUUUUAAGAGUAAAAAAAGGAAAAUAUAAUUGCUAAAAAUAGUGAUAUUGCGUGGCCACAGCGAAGUCCCGAUUUUACGCCCAUGGACUUUUUUUUAUUGGGCACUUUAAAGGAUCGUGUGUAUAAAUCGCGAAAUAGCUAUACAGUUGAUUAAAGGAAAAAAUAGACAAGAGAUUCUUGCCAUACAUAAUAGUGGUGCGGUUAGAAAUGCGGUCUCCAGCAUUGUGGGCAAUCUAUUGAAAAUAUAUUACAGAAUCACCAUAUUUAAUUAUUUUUUUUAGUUAUUUGUUUCUGUUUUUUUUAUAGAUUUAUUUAUUUAGUUAGCCCAUAAACUUUAAUUAUUUAUUUUUCUUUAAAUAUCAAUUCUGAUGUUUUAUUAAAUAUGUUAAUGUUAAAUUGUCACGUAUUAAUGAACACCCUGUAUUGUUAGCAAUUGGUUUUUUAUUAUAUCUUUAAAAGAAAUAGUAUCAUGUCUUUGCCAUUUAAAGAAUACCUAAUAUUGGCAACAAGUUUCGUUGCAAUUUUAUAUUUUUAUGGAACAAUCAAAUUUUAAAAAAAAAACACAUAACCUCAAUUUCUGCCUAAACUAUGGAACAUUUGAAUAGGAAUUUCUUAUAAAAGUGGCCUUUAUCUUAACCAAGGAUUCGAAAAUGUCGAAAUAUACAGAGUGUUCCAUUUAAAAUAACAAAGUUGAUGUCGGGGGGGACACUUUCGGGACACCCUGUAUCAACGAAAUUAUAAUAUUCUAAAUCUUCAUUAAAGUCCAAGAAACCUUUUUUCGUAUCUCCUGUGGGUUUCCGGAUCGUAUAGUGGAUCGUUUUAUCCAAAUUUAUUAUCUUUUUUUUCCUUGGUUUUUUUUGUCUUUCUGGUUGAAAAAGAAGCCAAUAUUCGUUCCCUACUACCUAAAGGGAGGCUGUUAAAUUACUAUCAAUAAUACGCCCCCCCCCCCGUCCUUUAGUUAAAUCGCAACAAUGUCGUAGAUAGAUAACAUUAACGCCGUAGAUCAAGAACGACGUAGCUAUAGAGGGCGUUGUUGAACAAGCUAUUUCGCUGUUGGUACAAUAAAUAUUGAUUGUGAUUUUGUACGAUAGGGGCGCCGUCGUACUACGAUGAUAUAUAUAUUAUGUACAUAACCUUAGGAUACGUUUUAAGCGGAACUUUGAGCCGGACUCGCGAACGCGGUCCAACCGAAAACUGAUAAAUUUAAAUAAAAAACAAAAGUGUGCGUCGGGAAGAUUGAGCUCAAGAAAAUCUCGAUUUCAUCGAAAAUCGCGAAUAAUUGAUACUCGGGCAAUUGAGAAGGUGCAAAAAAUAUCACCUCAAUUUAAAAUCGAUGAGAUAAAAAUUAAAGUUCCCGCACAGUUAGAUCGCUUAUUGUUUAUUUCAAAUCGAACACCCUGUAGAUUAUUAAAAAUUCACAUUCCAUGUGAAAUUUUAAACAUAUUUUACAAAAAAAAAUGUGCUUCCAGCUUGAAAACGUAUAUUUUUGCCAUUUUAGGCCAAUUAGGCUGCUUGAUUGUAUCGUAUUUAUUCGGCUGAACAUUUUCCCUUCACGUACCUGACUAGGAAAAAUUGCAAGGUUCUCUUGUCCGUGACAAAUAAAUAAUAAUAUAGUGAAAGGAAAAAAAAACUAAUUACUUUGAAUAUGGUGGGGAAUAGACCCUAAAUCAGUUUAAUAGAGAAAUAAAUCCUGGACUUGAUAACGCUUAAAGUUACAGGGUGUUCAACCUGCAAAAAACGAAUUUCAAAAAUGUGAAUGUUUACGGAUUAAUUUUCGACAAUAACACAAAAAUUAAGCCUAUUUUUAACAUUUUGCCAAAUAUGAGGAACAAAUUUUCAGUAGGAAGCGUUUUUUUUUUCAACGUCAAAUAUCCGGGGCAUUCAACUGGAAAUGACGUCGAAAAUAUUUCUUUAUAAUGCUUAUCUUAAUUAAUUGCGUUUCCAACUUAAAUCUCAAUUUUUAUGCGCGGGCUGCUUGAAAAACCGUGAUCGUACGAGGGUCGAAUUUAAACACCAAUCAAUUUACUUCGGUUUUCGCUGACGCGAAACCGGCUCUCCAAAGCGCCACCGCCGUCGAACUAGUUAGUUAAAAAAAAUUCGCCGCGACGCCACUGUUGUGGAAGAGGGCGCAACGAUCCGCCGAACAUAACAUGCAACGUAACCUACGUACACGGUGUGUCGAAACAAAUGUAAAACACUUAAGGGGUGAGGGGGGUAAUUCCUUGAUAGAAUACGUUGGAUUAAAAGUCACCCAUAUGGCGGCAAGAUGUUUUUUUUUGUCUUCAUACACGGGCGAUUGCUUAUCAUAGACCUCUAAAUCACAGCUUGUUUACCCCAACACGGAUAACCGCUAGGCUACUACCUUUAAAAACAUGUGUUCCCCUGAAGAUGAAGUCCAGCAUUCUCUUUUUGCGUAUUUAACGAGUCUGCUGUAUUGAAUUCUCUUGUUUCUCACAGCUCACAGAGCCACGAUAAGCCGGCCGAUUGAUGAUUACGAGUUGUUAAAUAUUAUUGAACAACUUGCAUACUGAUGAAAUCCAGUUACCUCCACACCAUGUAGAGACGUUUCAAGCUUCUUUACCAACACAUUUCGAACCGGGUCGUUCGGUACGUUGUCGGUUAUGAUCGACGGACGCCGCCAUGAUCGUUUCCUUUCUAGCCGAUAAAGUCUUCUCUAUAUUAGUUUUAUAGCGAAAUUGCUCGAAGGGACUCGGAGAAACGCGUUUCACAUUUUAAAAAUUCGAAUUAAAUGUAAGCAAAACGCGCGCCGCUUCGAUGACCAAUGAUCGCGUUCCGUUUCUGAUAACGCGAAUAAAAAGAAUCGGUGCCGCCCGGAUCGUCUGCCAGCGCAGGAAACAAACUGUCAAAUGUCUCGCGCUAUUUGGACGUUAUGUUUCAUCCUUUUUUUAAAAGAAAUUCUGACGAAAUAGAGCUAGAGAGAGAGAGAACUAACGGUCGUAGAAAAAGUAUAAUAUGCAACACGUUCGGUAGACUUUUUAAGUCACUCGUUAGUCAAAUGGUGUCUACCGCACUUGUUGCAUAAUAUUUUUGCAUUACAUUCGUAAAGUUUGUAUCCAUUGUCAUUGAUCGAUUCGUGAAGAAAUUGUCUACGUAAAUGACAGAGCUUUUCCUGUAGGAUGACUCGGCGGCAUCGGAUCACCAUCCGAUCAAAAAUUAAUAAAUAAAAACGUCUUUCCUUGCAAUAUCGUUAAUUACACCUUAUAAAUAAAUACGUUAUCCUGUUUACGCCUAACUUGUAUACAUUUUACUACGUAGGACGUUUACUACUAAGCUUCAGUGUACCGAUUAUUGAAAUUGCCUUACUAUACUUACAAAUAUAUAUUAUAUAGCGAGAACAAAAGAAUAGUAACCAAAACAUCGGUACAAUUAUAAAUUUUUCUAAAAUUUUAGCUUGAUAAGUAGGUCCCAAAUCAAUUUCUAACCUAACUCUUGAAGUUUACGUACGACGUUUUUCUUUACCCCGAGACUGUCGAGUUCCUAACUUCAAAAUCCGGAAGCAGUUCUGACGCGACGGUCAUUGUUCCAGUUUCGGAAAUUUAAAAUUAGUUUACGCGCACAGUUAUAGGUUAUGUUCGUGGCGUCCACGAUAUUGUUUGACAUAUCACUCAAAAAAAAAACAAAUAAAAAACGUAGCAAUAAUUUAUUUAACGUUGUUACUUUCGUUUUAGACGACGAAAGAUUUGUUGAUAUUGAUAUUUUCCCGGUUGUUAACACUUGACUAUAUAUUCUAUCGUUCGCUUCGAAAACGAAUAGGGAACUGACGAUGCGAGGGUUAUUUUUACGUUUCCUAUCGAUUUUCUAUUUUGUAGGUUACUACUUCUAAUAACAUGUCGCGACUUUGUAAAAAUAAAACAUUUUUCAUUCUC